CAGAGGAAGAAGAAGAAAGCGGCUCGGGAGGAAACGAGCAGUACUGUAAACAGGAAGUACUUUCAUUUUAUCUUAAAGUCCAAUUGGUAUGUGUUUUAGUGCCGAAAAACGACAGACCGCGUGUUAUUACUGGCCGAUAGGCGCCGUCCUACUACAAAGUCAUUAGCCACAGAGGAAGACAGCAAGGAUUUGCAGUCGUCAACCUUGUACAUUUGGACCCUGCGAUGACAUCACAGCAGCCUCAACUCCACGGCGGGGCGAUUCAUCAGCAGGUUGCCCACAAUGACUCGGUUCAACAAGCUCAUAUUCAGGCCCAUCACCUUGACUCAAAUGCGAGCGGCACCACCGCCGGCCGUCUGGAUAACAGAGCUCUCGCACACCGGCCCAGAGGGUCCACUUUGGCAACUAGCGGAGUCUCGGCCUGUUUAGUCAACUCCAGCGUAUCCAAAGGGUCGAGGAGUUUUGAGCCCUGGCCUGAGGAGGCAGUGGACAAGUCACAUGGGUUGAACUCGCUCCACCGCAUGUUUGAUAUCAUCGGAGCCCAGCUGACUCACCGGGAUGUUCGAGUCCUGUCGUUUUUGUUCGUCGAUGUGAUUGACGAGUACGAGCGUGGCGGCAUCAGGAGCGGAAGGGAUUUCUUGCUGGCGCUGGAGCGCCAAGGUCGUUGCGACGAGACCAACUUUCAACACGUGCUCCAGCUUCUGAGGAUUAUCACCCGUCAUGACCUCUUGCCUUAUGUCACACUUAAGAAACGACAGGCCGUGUGUCCAGAUCCCGUUGACAAAUACCUGGAAGAGACGUCGGUGCGCUACAUUUCACCGCGAGGACCCACAAAGAGCAGGGAAAGUGCACCUCACAGAAUGACGGGUGAGUCUGCGCGAGCAGUUCUGCUUUGUAAGACAAAGUGGGAAAUAAAACCUUUAUGUCUAUGGCCCGACCCAACAGGACCCUAUGUCGGAGCAUCCCGAAUGAAAGCAUUCUCUUCUGGAGCGAACGGCGUGUGGAAGAGAAGCCAUUCCUUGUCUGACUUCAGAGAGAAGCAAACUUGUGAUAUUCGCCUGCGCGUCCGCGCUGAGUAUUGCCAGCACGACUCGGCUCUCCAGGGCAACAUCUUCUCUAACAAGCAAGAGGUGGUAGAGCGCCAGUUUGAACGCUUCAACCAGGCCAACACUAUCCUCAAAUCACGAGACUUAGGCUCCAUCAUCUGUGACAUCAAGUUCUCUGAGCUCACCUACCUGGAUGCAUUCUGGAGAGACUACAUCAACGGCUCCUUGCUGGAGGCCCUGAAAGGAGUUUUCAUCACAGAUUCUCUCAAGCAGGCCGUGGGCCACGAGGCCAUCAAACUGUUGGUCAACGUCGAUGAAGAGGAUUACCAGGCGGGCCGUCGCAGACUUCUAUGUAAUUUGGUGACGAGCGGAGAUCCUCCUGGAGGUAUCAAAGACUGCGUGUCUUAGACAUGAGCUUGCAGAAGGACUACUACUGUGCCUCUCCGUGGGGGAAUAGAAAGAGAUGUAAAGGAUGUUGCACAUGUGAUACCCGUGUUUGGAAUAUGUGUAUGUGUGUGGAAUUCCAGCGAUCCCACAGAUUCAUUUAGCGCAAUGCUCCGAGGAUAGUUGGGACCCCCAACGUAUCGCAUGCAGUGGGGACUGGGCCAGCCAAAAGAAGUAAGUCUCGCAUACAGAUUGACAUUCAUUGGAAAAUGAAUCUGUUUAUUUUCUUCAAGGGAGAAAAUGUUUUGUUCUAUUUACGCUGAUUUUGAUAACAACGACAAAAGAAAUCCUCUAUGGCGUCAACUUACUCCUCGGAUGUACUGACUUUUAUUUUUUUUUCUUCUUCUUCAGAUAAUUUAUUUUUUCAGGUCAGAUUUGUUGUAUUAACCCAUUUCGAAAGUGUUCAGUAUGUUCUGUAAAGCACCGGCUUUAGUAGCCACACAGUUUGUUUGAGACGUUUGUGUGUGUGUGUGCGUGCGUGCGUGCUUGUGUGUGUCUAAGAAAAUUUUAUACUAACAGCCUAGGACUGAUUAUUGCAAAGGUAUUUCGGAUUUUGUUUCUACAGAAGCAUAUUGCUGCCAUGCCAGUAAAAAAAAGAAAGAUUCAACAUCAUGUAAUAAUACUAAUUUUUAUGUUUUAACAUGCAUAUGUUUCACAUAACAAAAGUUAAAACAUGAUACACUUUGGCUUCCACGUUUCAUUGUAACAAAUCCAUGCAAUCACCUCUGGUUCAAGUCGUUGCCGCAAUUCUUAUUGUGUUUUAUAAAUCGAAAUUUCUAGCUACGUAACUAUCCAUCCAUCCAUUUUCUAUGCUGCUUGUCCCCGCGGGCGUUGUGGGUGUGCCGGAGCCUAUGCCAGCAGUCAUUGGUCAGUAGGUGAGGGACACCCUGAACUGGGCUACGUAAUUACUGUUUUAAAAAUAAUAUAGGGAUCAAGUGUUUGAAAUCAUAAUUUUCUUUUUGUUUUUUUUCCCCUUUCACCUGAACCAAACUAAGUGCUUCAUUUUGUUAUGUCGAAUGUGGAACCCAAAAAUCACGUUUUAACAUGAUACAUUAUCCCGUUAUGUCUUUUCAGUAAAUUUCAACUGAAGUUGGACUAUAUUCCCUUAAAGGGACAGUGUGUUGAUUUUCUUUUCUUUUUUUUGCCAUCCAGUGAUGAAUUGAUAGAAUGCAGCAACUUCGAAGCGUGUGCAUUUUGAAGCAUGCGCGUUCUGGUGCCUCAAAGAGACCACACAUUGCAAGCCUACCACCAAUUUCUUCAGCUGCAAAAUGCUGUCACAAACCACUUCUAGUAUUCAAAUGAUGAAGUGCAUUGUAUUUGUUACACAAUUUGUGAUUGAGUAACCGUUGCAAAAAUAUGGUGAGGCGCGAGCCAUAGUUUGCUACGACUACAUCUACGAUUAUCUUCAUAUAUUUUUGAAAAUGUACGUUGAUGUGAUGGAACUUUUUUUUUUUUUUUGCAUAUUAUUGAAAUUAAUGGUGUGUUUUUUCAUUGAAACAUCAAAACAUUCCACACACUGUCCCUUUAACGUGUCAUAAUAAAUUGUUUUUGUCAUGAGAACACUAUAUGAUGGAAGUGAGCGCGAUUACCAUACCAUUAAAAAUCAUUGGAAAACCA